CUAUAGUACAUUUAAGUCUUGUUGAAAAUAUAAUUAAUAUAAUGAACAAUUUUUAUUCAAACAAUUUAAAUAAGAAUAUGAAACAUUAUUUUUUUAGAUUUUUGAAAUUUAUUGGUACAGUACUGAAAUUUAUAAAUGUAGUGUCGAGUAAAGUUCUAAACAAUAGGGACAACAAAAAAGCCGAAAUUUAUUUAAAAAAUAGAAAUAUCAAAAAACUCGUGAAUCAUUUGACCACCAAGAUUUUGGUUGAAAAACCAAAUGAUCCUGUCACAUUUACAAUUUUACAGAUAGAACAACUUAUCAAUUUUCGCGACAACCGAGGAAAGCCACCAGUUUUAUUUGAUGAUGAACAACUGGUGGCUAUUUAUAAUAAUACAGACAUAUUAAAAGCAGGAUCAAUUAGCAUUGAACAGUAUGUCAAUGCUAUGGAUAUGUUGGGAUUGAAUAACGAGGAUUUUAAUACUAAUCCUAAAUUGAAUGAAAAUAACUGUAUCGAGAGAAAAACUUUUUUACAAGAAGUAAAGCUAGCUCUGAUCAAACGCACUACCUCGUUGUUGUAACAACAAUCUACGGUUAUGAUUUAAAUUCAAAGAGUCACCAGAAUUGUACUUGAAUUUCAGCGUUUUAUGAACAUGUCUUACAAAAUCAAUAUAACUAAAAAAAAAAAGCAUUACCGUUUAUUUUAUUAUGACACUAUUAGUCAUCUCAGUUGAUACUUAAUGAAACAUCGCAUAUAUUUCAUCAGUAACAUUCUUUAAUAGAUUUGUAAUUGUUAUA